GCCAUGGCCGGCACCGGCACCGGCAGCGGCAGCGGCACCGCGCUGGAAACCGUGAGGGGCACGGGGAGCUGCGGGAUCGGGAUCCAGGCGGAUGGCACGGAUGGGAACUGCGUCACGUUUGUGCUGCACGACGAGGAUCACACCCUGGGCAACUCCCUGCGCUACAUGGUCAUGAAGAACCCUGAUGUGGAGUUCUGUGGCUACUGCAUCACACACCCCUCAGAAAGCAAGAUCAACUUCAGGAUCCAGACCCGAGGAGCCCUUCCUGCUGUGGAGCCAUUCCGGAAAGGGCUGAACGACCUGAUGAGUGUUUGCCAACACGUGCUCAACACCUUUGAGAGGAGCGUGAAGGAGUUCAGGGCACAGAAAGAGGAGGAGAUGCAGUAGCCUUUGGGAAUGGCAUGGACGUCCAUGGAUGUAUGGCUUCUGCCUGUUGAAUUCCCCGUGUCCAAACAAGGUUUUAUUGUUGUUGUUUUUUUAUGACUUUGCUGCAAAAUGUAUUUUCUUUAAUAAUAAAGUUUGUUAAUUUAGAUGCUG